GUCUUCCCCUUGUAGAGAAUAUCCAUUCUCUGCUUAUUCCAUAGGCCCUUUGGAUUCCUCUACCAUGUCUUCUACACCAUAUUAAUCAAUCCAAAAAAGGGAAAAAGAAAAAGAAAAUUCUAACUCAAUUAUUCAAAAUCCCAACUCAACACCCUCGCGCUAUAAUUGAUAGAACAGCAACACCAUGUCCCCCUCUACUUCUCUCUCUAUAAAUCCCUCUCUCUCCCCUUCUUUCUUCUUUGCAUACCCUUCGAGUUAUUCUUCUUCUUCUUUUACUUUCCACCCUCCAAAUUCUGUUAAAGUUUUGCCUUUUUCUUCUUUUUCAGCAAUACCCAUCAGCCUGGUUGUUAAAAGAAGUCAUUUUUCUGAGCCUGUGAGGUGGAAGAGUGAGAGAAAGAGAAGGGUAGUUGUUGUUAGAGCAAGCGAAAUGACUAUUACAGAGGUGAGGGAGGAAGAGGAAGGGGGAGAGGAAAGUCCUCCUUUAAUUGAUUCCGAGAACAAGAAUUCCGGGCCUCGUCGUAUUGCUCUUUUUGUUGAGCCUUCUCCUUUCUCAUAUGUGUCAGGGUAUAAAAACAGGUUCCAGAAUUUUAUAAGAUAUUUACGGGAAAUGGGAGAUGAGGUAAUGGUUGUGACAACACAUGAAGGCGUCCCACAGGAGUUCUAUGGAGCAAAGUUGAUUGGAUCAAGAAGCUUCCCCUGUCCUUGGUAUCAGAAAGUGCCCCUUUCCUUGGCACUCAGUCCAAGAAUAAUAUCAGAAGUUGCACGGUUUAAGCCUGAUAUAAUACAUGCCUCUUCACCUGGGAUCAUGGUUUUUGGUGCUCUCUUUAUUGCAAAACUACUAUGUGUACCCAUAGUCAUGUCUUACCACACCCAUGUUCCAGUGUAUAUCCCAAGAUACACAUUUAGUUGGCUGGUGAAACCUAUGUGGUUAAUUUUAAAAUUUCUUCACAGAGCAGCUGAUCUUACACUGGUUCCUUCAGCUGCAAUUGGGAGGGAUCUCCAAGCGGCUAGGGUAACUGCAGCUAACAAGAUCCGUCUUUGGAAUAAGGGUGUGGAUUCUGAAAACUUCCACCCUCAAUAUCGCUCUCAUGAAAUGCGGUUAAGAUUGAGGUGCUCCACUUAUCCGUUAUUCUGUUCCUCACUCCUCAAUUACAGUUUAACAAUUUUUCUCUUUAACGCUGUAUAUUUUUGCUUAUACAGCAAUGGUGAACCAGAUAGACCAUUGGUAAUUCAUGUUGGGCGUCUUGGAGUUGAGAAGAGUUUGGAUUUCCUCAAAAGCGUUAUGGACAGACUUCCGGAUGCAAGAAUUGCUUUUAUUGGGGAUGGACCAUACAGGGAAGAGCUAGAGAAAAUGUUUACUGGCAUGCCUGCAGUGUUUACUGGGAUGUUACAAGGUGAAGAGCUCUCUCAAGCAUAUGCAAGUGGUGAUGUGUUUGUGAUGCCUUCGGAAUCUGAGACACUUGGACUUGUUGUUUUGGAGGCCAUGUCUUCAGGAGUCCCUGUUGUGGGAGCUCGUGCCGGGGGGAUCCCAGACAUAAUUCCGGCAGAGCAGGAGGGCAAAACUGGCUUUCUCUUUAAUCCUGGAGAUGUUGACGACUGCUUGAGCAAAUUGGAGCCUCUGUUACGAAAUAAGGAAUUGAGAGAAACCAUUGGCAAAGCUGCACGUGAAGAAAUGGAGAAGUAUGAUUGGAAAGCAGCCACUAAGAAGAUACGCAAUGAACAAUACAAUGCUGCCAUUUGGUUCUGGCGGAAGAAGAGAGCACAGCUACUGAGACCUCUGCAAUGGCUGGCAAGACGCCUUUUCCCGUCACAAGAAGUCAACUAUAGGUGAUGUGUGGAUAUAUUACAUAGAUUUGCUUGGUAGAAUUAAAGGAAAUAGCAUGUCGAAAUAGGGAUUGUGAGCCUGUACUGGCCUUCAAACGGGCUCUUUCUAUGGUGUAUGUAUGAUUCUUUUGCAAUGUGUUUCUUUGUUGUAUAUCAUGUACUUGAAAUUGUUGGAAUGUAAGUUUUUACCAGAAUGAACGCCAAACUAUGGUUCUUGUGCGAAACUUUCAGCUGAACUUCCAUCAACAAACUAAAAUUUCCCAUGAA